AUGGCCGAAGAGAACAAGACUUUCAGCUUCUCAAAAGAAGAAGAGAAGGUCAUCGAGCAAUGGGAUCAGGAUGAUACAUUCCAGAGAUCCCUUGAGUUGACCAAAGACUUCCCAAGAUUCGCUUUUUUCGAUGGUCCUCCAUUUGCAACGGGAACCCCCCACUACGGCCAUAUGUUGGCCUCCACCGUCAAGGAUAUUAUCCCACGUUACGCAACCAUGAAUGGUUACCACGUGGAGAGAAGAUUUGGCUGGGACACCCACGGCUUGCCUGUCGAGCAUGAGAUCGACAAGAAGUUGGGUAUUACUGGAAAGGAAGACGUUAUGAAGAUGGGUAUUGACAAGUACAACGCCGAAUGUCGUUCCAUUGUCAUGAGAUACGCUGACGAGUGGAGAAGAACCAUUCGCAGAUUGGGUCGUUGGAUUGACAUGGACAACGACUACAAGACCUUGUACCCAGAAUUUAUGGAGUCUGUGUGGUGGGCCUUCAAGGAACUCUACAAGAAGGACUCUGUGUACCGUGGAUUAAGAGUCAUGCCAUACUCUACUGGCUGUACUACUCCUUUGUCCAACUUCGAGGCCCAGCAGAAUUAUAAGGAUGUCAACGAUCCUGCUGUUACCAUUGGUUUCCCAUUGGUGGACGACGAGAACACCUGGUUGGUUGCCUGGACCACCACUCCAUGGACCUUGCCUUCUAACAUUGCUCUUGCUGUCAACCCUAAACUUGAGUACACUAAGAUCUACGACGAGGACAAGAAGAGACACUACAUCUUGUUGGAGAGCUUGUUGAAGACCUUGUACAAGAAGCCUGCUGCUGCCAAGUACAAGGUUGUGGAGAAGAUCAUGGGUAAGGACUUGGUGGGUCUUAAGUACGUGCCAAUGUUCGACUACUUCUAUGAGCAGUUCAAGGACCAUGCUUUCACCGUUAUUGGUGCAGACUACGUUACUGACGAUUCCGGUACAGGUGUGGUCCACCAGGCUCCAGCCUUUGGUGAGGCGGAUUUUGCUGCUGCCACCGAAUCCGGUCUUAUCAAUGAGAAGAGAACCCCUCCAAACCCAGUUGAUGACAACGGUAAGUUCACCAGCGAGGUGUCCGACUUUGCUGGUGUCUACGUCAAGGAUGCAGACAAGUUGAUCAUUAAGCACUUGACCGAGAACGGCCGUAUGUUGCUCUCUACCCAGCUUAUGCACUCGUACCCAUUCUGUUGGAGAUCCGACACCCCAUUGUUGUACAGAACUGUGCCAGCUUGGUUUGUCCGUAUUGGUGAGAUCAUUCCUCAGAUGUUGGACAACGUGAACAAAACUAACUGGGUUCCUGCCAACAUCAAGGAGAAGAGAUUCUCGAAUUGGAUUGCUAACGCUAGAGACUGGAACAUCUCCAGAAACAGAUAUUGGGGUACUCCAAUCCCAUUGUGGGUCAGUGAAGACUUUCAGGAAAUUGUUUGUGUUGGCUCCAUUGAGGAGUUGAGAGAGUUGUCUGGUAACCCUGACAUCACUGACAUCCACAGAGACAGUAUUGACCACAUAACUAUUCCUUCCAAACAGGGUAAGGGCCAAUUGAAGAGAAUUGAAGAGGUUUUCGACUGUUGGUUCGAGUCUGGUUCUAUGCCUUACGCUUCCCAGCACUACCCAUUCGAGAAGAAGGACACUUUCCACAGUGGUUUCCCUGCCAACUUCAUUUCUGAAGGUUUGGACCAGACCAGAGGUUGGUUCUACACUUUGACUGUUUUGGGUACUCACUUGUUCAACACUGCUCCAUACCAGAACGUCAUUGUUUCCGGUAUUGUGUUGGCUGCUGAUGGUAAGAAGAUGUCUAAGCGUUUGAAGAACUACCCAGACCCAGGUCUUAUCUUGGAGAAGUAUGGUGCUGACGCCUUGAGAUUGUACAUGAUCAACUCUCCGGUAUUGAGAGCUGAGACCUUGAAGUUCAAAGAAGAGGGUGUCAAGGAGGUCGUUUCCUCUGUUUUGUUGCCAUGGUACAACUCUUUUAAGUUCUUGAAGGAUGCUGCUGAUCUCUUCGAGAAGGAGAACGGUACUGCUUUCGUCUACGACACUUCUUUGUCCUCUGACAAUGUCAUGGACAGAUGGUUAUUGGCUUCCAUUCAAUCCUUGGUCAAAUUCGUGCACGAGGAGAUGCAGAGCUACAGAUUGUACACUGUCGUUCCUAAGUUGUUGAACUUGAUUGACAACUUGACCAACUGGUACAUUCGUUUCAACCGUCGUCGUAUCAAGGGUGAUACUGAGCUUGGACUUGAAGACACCAAGAAGGGUCUUAACACUUUGGCUGAGGCUUUGUUCAUUUUGUCCAGACUUAUGGCUCCAUUCACUCCAUUCUUGGCUGAUGGUAUUUACCAGAGAUUGAAGCCUUUCUUUUCUCAGGAAGAGUUGGAGAAGUACGCUGUGAACCAGGAGAUCAAGGAUAUUCGUUCCGUCCACUUCUUGUCUUACCCUACCGUCAGAGAGGAGUGGUUCGACUCUGCUAUUGAGGUCGCCGUCUCAAGAAUGCAAAAGGUCAUCGAUUUGGGUCGUAACAUCAGAGAAAAGAAGUUGAUUUCAUUGAAAACCCCAUUGAAGGAGAUGGUCAUCUUGAAUGCUGACCCUGAGUACUUGAAGGACAUCGAGUCUUUGAAGAGCUACAUCACAUCUGAAUUGAAUGUCAGAAACAUUGUCAUCACCUCUGAUGAGGCUGCAUACGGCGUCCAGUACACAGCUGUUGCUGAUUGGCCAGUUCUCGGUAAGAAGUUGAAGAAGGAUGCAAAGAGAGUCAAGGCUGCCUUGCCAAAGGUUUCUUCUGAGGAGGUCAAGCAGUUUGCUGAGACCGGUAAGCUUACUGUUGAUGGUAUUGACUUGAUCAGCGAAGACUUGCAGGUCCAGCGUGGCUUGCCAGAGGAGCAGACCGCCUCUGGUCAUGAGGCCAGAGCUGAGAAGGAUGUCUUGAUUAUUUUGGAUGUCAACUCCUACCCUGAGUUGCAGAGCGAAGGUUUGGCCAGAGAAUUGAUCAACCGUAUCCAGAGAUUGCGUAAGAAGGCUGGAUUGAAUGCUACUGAUGAAGUUAACGUCGAGUAUGACUUGGUGAAGGACACCAUCAACUUCGAGAGCGUUGUGAAAGACAACUCCGAACUUUUGGUCAAGUGUACCAAGAGACCAUUGUCGACUUUCUCCUCUGCUUCUGAUAAUGCAGUCAUUAUUACCGAGGAGCAAUCCAUCAACGAUACCACUUUCGCUUUGAGAUUGUUGAAGCUUUAG